UCUUCUCUUCUAUUUCUCGCUUGAUUUGGGAAUUCCCUUUCGGUUUUUUUAUUAUUAUUUUUAUUAUUUUUCCUUUUUUUUUUCAACCGAGAUCUUUGACCUUCUUUCUCUCGCUUUCCAGUUGUAUACCCCAAUCUACGUUUUACUAUGAAUUCGGUGCACGACACAAAGGAGUGGCAUUUGUCCGAAACGCCUCUUCAAAACUCCCCGAUGAAUGAUUGCACCACCCAAUCUUCUCCACACCCCACCCAACAGUACUCGCCUAUGCCGACAAUGGAUCAAGGCUAUGGUCAUCCUUAUCCUCCCGGGAAUCUUCAUCCAAUGCAUCCCUAUCCACCCAUGGUUCCUAGCAACUACAUGUCGCCCAUGAAACCGGAAUCCGAUCCAAGGUUGCCAGGUAUGAUGGCGCUUUCGCAACCUGGUACACCGCGUCCUUCGGGAUACAUGAACGAUCUGUCACCUGGAAAGAAGAGGGAAGGUCCUUACAUGAGUUCUUUCCACGCCACGCCUUAUCCAUCAGCCAUGGUGGCUCGUAAGCGUAUGAGAAAUGAUCCGCUUUUCCUUUCCGAGGCUGGCCCUUUUUUCAGUUCGACUAAGCCUUUCGACAACUUGUAUGCAUUUGACCGAACCACUUUGUUAACUGCGCGCAUCCAUUCCAAAAUGGAUCGUGGCUUUUUCUUGGCUGACAAUGACUGGACCUGCUAUCGUCGCAACUAUUUCCAGAUUAGCAGCACGCUUCAAUUGCAUGGGUAUAAUCGAUACUAUCUUGAACAAGGACCUCAAUGCUAUGUUCAAACCAGUGAAGGCACAUUUUUGUCGGUGCGUCGGUUCCUCAUUGGUAUCUCGGCUCGUGUAGCGAACAGUGACAAGCAGAUUGAGUUGGUGCAACACACUCCCAAGCGCGAUAAAGGUCCUCAACUCAAACCGGAACUGAAGCCUAUUACCCCGGGUGGUAACCUGAAUAUGAGUGCGGUGGGAACCAACCAAAAUGUCGCUACAUUUGAACGUAUUCAAUUCAAAACGGCCACAGCCAACAAUGGCAAACGACGAGCCGCCCAGCAAUACUAUGUAUGCAAUGUGGAUCUUUACGCUGAAACAGAGAAUGGUAACAUCAAGGUCGCCUCGUGUCAAUCGGCUCCGCUCGUGGUGCGUGGUCGUAGUCCCGGCCAUUAUGCCGACAGUCAAGACAAGUACAAGCAAGAAAUUCAUCCCGAUGCUGGCAUCUCUGUGCAACCACCCCACGAUGAUCGAUUUACUGCUGCUCCAUUCCCACGACCUCCCAUUACUCCUCCGGGAAUAAUGGCCAAUGAAUACGGCACCUCGUAUCCUUACUACCACAACUAUGGUCAUUUUGCUCCAGCCCCUUUACACAACCAACUUCAACCGCCUACUUCCAUGGUCAUGACCAGUGGUCCACCUACGCCCACCACCGUAGGUUCAUCGAUUUAUAACCCAUCACACCCUGCUUCUCCCCACCACUAUAUGAUGCCCAAUCGUUCAUCCGCAUCCUCGUCUCCUGUCCUCUACCACGGCGAAUUUGCCCAUCAGCAGCAACAGCAUCAGCAGCAACAAUCACCUCAUCCCGUGCCCAAUCAACCAUCCGAGGACCCUAAAAUAGCCCAGCCACAUCCUAGCACCCCCGGUCUGAACAUUCACAUUCCUUUGGACGCGUCAGCUACCGCCGAUUGGACACGCUCCCGAUACCAUUCGGCCGAAUCCUCCGUUCCUUCGCCUGCCCCGGAUCAGGCCCAAAACUCUUACUUUGCACAAGCGACACCCGCUCUCUCUUCCUCUUCGGCUUCCCAAAUUAGUGCCUUUUCACCUACUACACCCACCACGCCUUAUGCUCCUCGCAAAUAUAAUCCAGCUCCGGCCAUGGAAAACCAGCAAACUUCUUAGGGCUGCUAAAAAAAAAUCAUGGAUCUUGCAACUCAGUUGCAACCGCGACCACAAAAUCCAAAAAAAAACUGUUCUUUUAUUACCCAUAGCUCUGUUUCCAGUGUAAUCUUACUGUUCUUUUUAUUUCUUCUUUUUCUGUACACGAUAUAGCACUCUGCUUUGUUUUUUUUCUUUUCACACAAGAUGCCUUGCAUUGUUUUUAUGUAAUAGUUUUUCUUUUUUAUUCUUUAUUUCGAUACAUCUCUGUUUUACGUUUCUUAAAUUUUCCCAUAUAUCACUUUACAGCACACAUGUAUAAAUAUAUAUUAUAUUCUUAUCGUCGAAAA